UUUAUUGCAAAACUUUUUCCGUUGCAAGAGGUUUUACUAUGGUGUGGACGAAUGAAUACACCCGUUGAGACAGGUGAUAGUGGAGAAACAGGAAGUGAAACCUUUCACACAUAAACAAACUGGUUUUGCCAAAAGUCUGCUUAUGGCUUUUACAACUGGAACAUGAGAGAAGAGAGAAAAGUAUGUCGCUUUCCUGACUGAUGUGAUGAACUUACACCUGCUUCCUGUAGUUCUGUCAUUGGCAGUAUUCCUCUCCGUCGCUCUCUCCCAGGACCUGGUCUCAAUCCAGUUUAAGUCAGAUCCAGUCCUGGUGCAGACUGGCACUGAUGCGGUCUUCACAGUGGUCACAGUGUCCCAGGUGUUUUCCAUCACAUGGGGGUACCCAGGUGGGGAGACCCCCCUGGGGCUGUGGGUGGGGGGCAGUGCGGAGCUCAACACUGUGACCCAGUACCAGGGCAGGGUCACCAUCACAGCCACUCAGCUCCAUAUCAGCAGUACCCAGCUGGGAGACGCGGGGAACUACACAGUGCAGGUGGACCCCUCACCCACCACGGGCCUGGCCCAAAACACCAGGUCCAUACAGCUCAGGGUGUUUGAUGCAGUAGAUGGCGUGACUAUGUUUGUGCCGUCAGUGGCUCUGGAGGGGGGCAAUGUGUCUUUGCGCUGUACCUGGACCAAGGGGACAGAGACCAGUGUGCUGUGGGGUAAAGGGGGCUCUGCUCUCACCUCAAACUCCAGGGUAACUAUCAAAGGGGGCGACCUGGUGAUCAACCCGGCCACGAGGGAAGACGCCGGGGUCUACACCUGCACCGUUGCUAACCUCGUCAGCGCUCAGACUGCCUCGAAGAACCUCACAGUUUACUAUGGUCCUGACACCCCCGUGCUGAGCAAGGCUUCUACAGCAGACUGUGUGGGAGGAGCAGACGCAGUGGUAGGCCAGACGAUCCGACUCAUCUGCGUGUCCGACUCCCUGCCCCCCGCCACUUUCUCCUGGCAAUACAACAAUGAACCCGUGGCGUCUGGCCAACCGGACAGUGGCGUGUUCAGCCUCCAGACCUUCUCCACCAACCAGAGCGGCCAAUACAAGUGCGUGGCUAGCAACGCCAUCACGGGCAUGACGUCGGAGCAGGGGACGGACCUGGCAAUCGUGGGCACAUGCCUCAGUGCAGGGGCAGUGGCGGGCAUUGUGAUUGGCUGUGUGGUCGCUCUGAUCUUAAUCAUCAUAGCAAUCUUACUCCUGGUGUGCUGGAGGAGAGUUGACCGAAGACUGAAGGAGGCCACAGGCCAGAAGAGAAACCCAGAUCCCAUGCAUGCACCCCCAGAGCCCCCUCCACAUGGUACCCGGACUUUAGGCAGAGGCCGGCACUCUGACCCGCCGCUACACACACACCCUCACAACUUCUACACUGUCCCACCCGAUGGCCAUGAUAACACACACACACCGCCACGCAACACUAAAACACUUCAACACAACGGCCAUGCCAACAGCAAUGGGUUCCCACACAAUGUCCAACUUCAGAACGCCAAUUCAUUUCCACAAAAUGGCAACUUGCAGGACCACAACACUUUCACACACACUGCUGCACCUCAGAAUGCCAACACACUCCCACAGAUGACUCAAAACAACCCAAACAAUCCAAACAUUCUCAUACAAGCGGGUUCUACUCAGGUUGGUGUUAACCUUAACACACUGCCACACAACCAGCAAAAUAGCAAUACACAGCUACCCACGGUUCAUGUCAAUCUCAACUCCUAUCCAACCAAUGGUCAACAACCCAACCAACAGUCGCAGCAACAAUUUACAAGCCCACAGGACAGUACUAUGCAGCGGAGUGCCAACAUUGUAGCCAACAGUGCUAGUGCUCUUCAAGUUCAAAAUAACAACCCACAAACGUUUAUACAGACUGGACAGUCAUACACCAAUCCCAGGAUGCAAAUUGGCUUGUCAUAUCCUGGUGAUCCUUCACAAGUUGACCACAGUAACUUAGACACUGAUCCUCAAGUCUCUACUGGUCUUAUUCCUACUGAUUACACACACGGUGGUCGAAGUCACACUCUCCAGCGAAACGCCAACACACAGACCUACCAGAGGGACCAGGCUACUGAUACCCAGCCUAGACACUCCAACCCAGCAGCGGCCAGCUCUGUGCCACGUGAUGCCAGUCAUGUCACACCAAGUGCCAGCUCACAUCGCCAACAAAUGCCUUGGGACCGUCUGAGGGGCACCCCGGCGUACCCCAAUGACUCCCCCAGAAGGAUACAGGCUUCCCCCGACAGCAGCUACACCUCUGAUAGCACAGAGUCCCCGUCCCAGGAUAGACGAUCCCAACCACACACCCGGAGGAGCGGGCCCGGAGCACAGACCCAGAGCCCCCCACGGAGCCGAUCUACACCCAGGAAUGCUGCACCAACGGUGGGCAGACAGGCCCAGAACCUCCCCCACACUCAUGGGACGAACACUCAGCCUGGGGCUCCAAGCCACACACAGUCACAUAUCAAUCCCCAUGCACACGAUGCACCAAGGCAGAGAGCCCGUCAGGACGUCAGAGCUCAAUCCCAGAUCACAGUUCAGACCGUUUCUCAAAGCCAGACUGGCCCCAGGCAACACAAUGCCUCACACAGCCACCACAACUCCCAGCCACAACCACAGGGACCAGCUGCUCCACAGGGACUAAUAACCACCAUGCCCCGAGGCACCGCACUCGACACUCAGGCUCUCGCCAAUCCAAAUCACUUCCCACAGACACAAACCGGGAUUCAGUAUGGUAGGGGAAACACACAUAUGGUACCACAGCACACACAAGUCCAGAGACAGAUAGCAACACAAGGUUGGGGUUCAGAAACACAGCCUGUUACACAGAACCCCAGUAGCCUCACUCAGACGGCCCUGGAGAUGCACACACUAACGACCCCUAACCCUUUUCACAACCGUAACCACCAGACACAGGCCGCCCUGCUCAACACCCAAGCUCGAGGCCGUAACCCUGGGCACCAGCGGCCCCCCACGCCCCCUCCCGUCAUCCCUCUGGCUCAGUUCCAGACUAUUCCCAGGGAACGCGCCCAGCACCGGUCCCCAAACCGGGGCCCCACUGGCCCUCUCAGGCCCCCAGUCAACGUACACACCGCACAGAGACACCCCGGCGCUAGCAUGCCUGCCAACCUGCACUCUGGAAAUGCCCACCACGUGCACGCUGAUAACAUACACAGGCACGGCCAACAUACUCAACAUGCCCACAGGAACCCUGCCCACCCACGCCAGCAGACCCACCAAGGGAGGCCUAGACACUGAGAGAUGCCAAUGGACACACACACACCAGCAACUGACAAGAGGAGAAAUACCAAGCAUGGAUGACUAUGGGAGCCCCACUCUAAAGCAAUGGAGACCAAGCAAAAACACACACAUGCGCACGUGCACACACACACACACACACACACACUAUCACACACACUUCCCGCAGUCGACUCCCCCUGCCUGUCAAGUGUGUGUUAUCUGUUGAUUUUCAACAGUACCAACAAUGACUCACUGGAAAACUCACACAGAUUAUCUCUGAAGCACCACAUACCCAAAUAGUGGGAAUGAGAAAAGGGCCUUAUUGAGGCGAGACACUUCAGGCCGUGUGUACGUGGCCUCUCCCAUUCAGCGUAUUCAGAGAGAGAAUGAGACACUACCACAACAAUGAGAACUUGAGAUGUUUGCAUGAAUGUCUUUGUGUGUUGCUCUUUGUGACUAGAAUGAACAGUAAAAAGGAAAGAUAAAGAGAGCCAUUGCUGGACGGAUUCCAGUUGAUUGAAUGGACUUGGCCCCUGGGAAACUACUGUGUGAGAAUUCUGAAGGAAAAAACCCCUCUGUGACUUGCUUUAUUUAAUAUUUCCAUGGAAGUAUUUAUGUGGUGCCUUUCUGUUUACAGAUGCUUCUCUUGACACCGCUCAAUUAACGGGAUUCGACUCGGCGCCUCGACUUCGGAAGCAAUGCUCAACUAACUAUGAAGGAGACCCCACAAAUGGAUGGGCCACUUAUUAAUUAAGAGCUUUUAUGCGACUUAAAUGACUCGGAAAAUAAUAACGCCCAUGCGUGGAAGAGGUCAGCACAGAGAAGCUGCUGAGCUGCCACGUUUCCCCUGACUAAGCAAAGCAAAACAAUUUGCUCGGGGACUACGAUGCUCUUUUGUGUGGGGGAUUGGCACAUUAAAAGUUAUCUCUUUUGGAAGGAAUCUUAGUUUUCUUUGGAACAAAAUGUGUAUUUAAUGUUUUUAUUUUUCUGUUACGUGGUAUGUUGGACUGCCAUUGAUGGAUCGCCGUUUCUUUGUGACUCAGGGAGGCUGUUUUAUACUAAAAUGUAUGUUUCAUGUGAAUACAGAAUAGAGUGUAAAUAAGGGGUCUCGAUUGAACAUAAAAAAAAAAUCAGGACCAUAUGUUUUAUUGAUGAUAAUAAAGUAUUUAGAUUGCCCCACGUGGUGUCUUGUGAAUGUCUAUCAUUGGGAGGAGAUUAUUUACAUUAUAUGACAUUCAUUUUGAUAUAAUGUUGCCUACCUACUGGUAUAAUCUUAACUGACUUU